CGGCGGCGGCGGCGGCGGCCGGGCCGGGCGGGCGGCGAGGGGCGCGAAGAUGGCGGACGUGCUGAGCGUCCUGCGCCAGUACAACAUCCAGAAGAAGGAGAUCGUGGUCAAGGGGGACGAGGUCAUCUUCGGCGAGUUCUCGUGGCCCAAGAACGUCAAGACCAACUAUGUGGUGUGGGGAACUGGAAAGGAAGGCCAGCCUAGAGAAUACUACACACUGGAUUCUAUUUUAUUUCUGCUUAAUAAUGUGCACCUUUCUCAUCCUGUGUAUGUCCGACGUGCGGCUACUGAAAAUAUACCUGUGGUUAGAAGACCUGACAGAAAAGAUCUCCUUGGCUAUCUCAAUGGUGAAGCAUCAACAUCGGCAAGUAUAGACAGAAGUGCGCCUCUAGAAAUAGGUCUUCAAAGAUCCACUCAAGUCAAACGAGCUGCAGACGAAGUUUUAGCAGAAGCAAAAAAACCACGAAUUGAGGAUGAAGAGUGUGUGCGCCUCGAUAAAGAGCGAUUGGCUGCUCGCUUGGAGGGUCACAAAGAAGGAAUUGUGCAGACUGAACAGAUCAGGUCUUUGUCUGAAGCAAUGUCAGUGGAAAAAAUUGCUGCAAUCAAAGCCAAAAUUAUGGCUAAGAAAAGAUCUACUAUCAAGACUGACUUAGACGAUGAUAUAACUGCCCUUAAACAGAGAAGUUUUGUGGAUGCUGAGGUAGAUGUCACCCGAGAUAUUGUCAGCAGGGAGCGAGUGUGGAGGACACGAACAACUAUCUUACAAAGCACAGGAAAGAAUUUUUCGAAGAACAUCUUUGCAAUUCUCCAGUCUGUAAAAGCCAGAGAAGAAGGGCGUGCACCAGAGCAGCGCCCAGCCCCCAACACAGCACCUGUGGAUCCGACAUUGCGAACUAAACAGCCUAUUCCUGCUGCUUACAACAGAUACGAUCAGGAAAGAUUCAAAGGAAAAGAAGAAACCGAAGGCUUCAAGAUUGACACGAUGGGCACCUACCAUGGCAUGACGCUCAAGUCUGUGACGGAGGGUGCGUCUGCCCGCAAGACUCAGACUCCUGCAGCUCAGCCAGUCCCAAGACCAGUUUCUCAAGCAAGACCUCCUCCAAAUCAGAAGAAAGGCUCUCGAACACCUAUUAUCAUAAUUCCUGCAGCUACCACCUCUUUAAUAACCAUGCUCAAUGCAAAGGAUCUGCUACAAGACCUUAAGUUUGUCCCGUCGGAUGAGAAGAAGAAACAAGGCUGCCAGCGUGAGAAUGAGACUCUGAUCCAAAGAAGGAAAGACCAGAUGCAGCCUGGGGGCACUGCUCUGAGCGUCACGGUACCCUACCGAGUGGUGGACCAGCCGCUCAAGCUCAUGCCCCAGGACUGGGAUCGGGUUGUAGCAGUUUUUGUGCAAGGUCCGGCAUGGCAGUUCAAAGGUUGGCCAUGGCUUUUGCCUGAUGGAUCACCAGUAGACAUUUUUGCUAAAAUUAAAGCCUUCCAUCUCAAAUAUGAUGAAGUUCGUCUAGACCCAAAUGUUCAGAAAUGGGACGUAACAGUAUUAGAACUCAGCUAUCACAAACGUCAUUUGGAUAGACCAGUUUUCCUGCGGUUCUGGGAAACAUUGGAUAGGUACAUGGUAAAGCAUAAAUCCCACUUGAGAUUCUGAAUUACUUGGUUUUCCUUUUUCUGGAAAUAUGGAUUAAGAAGCAUGGAUAUACCUUGAUACAAAGACUGAGACUCAAGCUUUAUGAAUUUAUCAAGAGCAUACAAAUGAAGAUGGUCACAGAUCGAUCUUUUAUAGGACAUUAUUUGAUGCUUUAUGCUUCAAAGGGAUGAUGCCUGCAUCCUAUAAGCAUACUUUUUGGCUUACAAUUAUUUUUUUAAUAUUAGCCUUCUAGUCUGUAAUGGAAAUUGUAUAUUUUGAUAGAAGUUUUUUCUCCAUUGGUUAAGUUAGCAUUAAUUUGUUCUUUCGAAAAUAAAUACAGGUUAUAAAUGUGUGUAUAUUUAGAGGUUAUAAGGCUCUCUAAGCCAUUUUUCUCUGAUUUUUCAUUGCUCUAUAAUUCUUUUAUUGAAAACAUUAUUAUGAAUGGUAUUAAAUUUUAAUUCUGGAACUUCCAAAACCAGGCUAAGGGAUGUGACUAUUUUGAGUGAUUCAAAAUGUCAACCUUCAUGUAUACUAUAUUAUACAUACUCUUUAUUUAAAAAGGAAUAAUGAAAAAUCAAGGACAAUUCUUCACUUUUGGUUGAAGUAUUCAGCCCUUUCAAGAUUUCUUAUAAUGAAUACAUUUAAUGAAUGUACAUUCUUUUCACUGACUUUGGUGAUUUUAAAAACUUAGAAUAAUAUAUUUCUAUCUGUGAUACCUUUCCACUUGAAAAUUUCAAAAUGCAGAUAAAAACAGAAUAGGCUAUAGUAUUUUUAUUUUUGGGAGCUGGAGUAUGACUUGGGAGAAGGGAAUGCAGUGUAACUUGACUUCCAUACCUUUCCUCAGAAGUUUGCCUUUGAUUCUUUAUGUGGUAUAGGAUUUUCAGUUGCUGUUUCCAGGCAUGUUGAUCUUGGAGUUCUUAUCUUCUGCCAUCCCUAAAUAUUGGUAAAUUCUCCGAGACACCAAAGAACAUUUGCAUAAUUAAGUGUCUGAACAGAAACAAGAUAAAAAAAACACUGGUAUUUUUAUGUGCAUAUACGAUAUUGCUGUCGUUUAAAAUAUAAAACCUAUAUUUUAACUUAGUAAAAUAUUUUACUACGUCUCUACUUUAAACAGAAUGUUGCAUCCACAAGGUACAAUGAAUAAGCAUUUUUCUUUUUUCUAUUUCACUUUUAAUUACUUAAAACAAUCAUGGAAUCUUUCCCUUUUUUGACUCUCCCUUAAAGAGUUUUUUGUCAUUGGACUUAAUACUGUUCAUUUAUUUCAUUAUUAAUUUUUCUGUAUUUUUUAUGCCCAGAGUGAUACUUCUUUGGUUUACACACAUGUGAAUGCACAUGCACACACACACAAUAUAUAUUUUUUUAAAGAUAUAGCUAAUUUUUAAAGUCACCAACAAUGUCUGUACCAGUAUUGAAGUAAAAACAUUUUCAUGAAAUUGACUAGGUUUUUCAGAAGAAAAGCAGUUGACAUCUUAAAUGACUAAAUUUUAGGAUAUUUAUAAGCAAGUUUACCUUCUUAUAAUUAAAAGAAACCUCAAAUCUGUUCACAUUAGAAUUUUUCUGCAUACAAAUGUUUUCCAAAUAAAUUAUGUAUUGUAUAAACAUUCUCCAUGAUGAAAUAGUCAAGGACUAGAAUCUGUAAUAUUUUAAUGUAAGAUUAUUUGCUAAGACUACUACAAGUGGACAUGAACUACCUUUCUAUAAAUAUUUUUAGUAUUUAUACUUAUGUCAUGUAUGAAAUUAACUUACAGAGUGUGGCUAAUUGGAAACAUCUACUUUAAACAGGGUUUAUUUUUCUAUCUUGAAUUCGCCUUACCUAUAUUCAGAGGCUUCUGGAAGUAACUAGGAAUCAUGUGGAAAAGUACAGAUAUGCUGUGUCUUAUAUUUUAAAAUCAUAUGCUCGGUGUAUUUUUAAUUUUUUUAAUUUGGUAGUUUAAUCCUAUAUUAAGUACACUUAAGUGAUUUAAUAACUUCUUUUAAAAAAAAAAAAGAAAACUAAAAUGAGACCCAAAAAUGCAUCAGCUGACUAUUAGUUCUUUGGCAACUCCAGUCAAACAGCAGCCUGCUCACAGUGCCUUGCACAUAGUAGGCUUUCAGGAAAUACUUGAAUGAAUAAUGUGUUUUCAGUGGAACUGACUUCUUUCUUUGGUGAUACAUGAUAUUGGAAUUUGAAAAUAUAGAUAGAAUUAAAAGGGAAUGAAGUGAUGUAAGCAAGUAUUUUUAAUGGAUAUGAAGUAUACAUUAACUUGACUUGCUCCUAAAUUACCUUUAACAUGAAAGACACUGAUUUAUCCUUACCAGAAAAAGAAAAAUCAAAUUUCUUUAUUCAUCAGUUAGAUCCCGAGUCAGGUAAUAAUACGAAUACGAAUAAUAAGAAGUUUAUAGGUUGAGUAGCUCUCAACCCUGAGAAUCAUUUGGAAAUGUUUAGAAGUAUCAAUGUCUUAACCUUGAUUCUGUUUUAAGUUUUCUGAGCAAGAGUUGGUUGUAAGUUCUGUUUCCAAAGUUUUCCAGUUAAUUUUGUGUUUAGUAAGGAUUGAAAAUCACUGGUUUAAUUUGCUAUUGAAAACAAUACCAGUAUUAAAAUAUUGUUCCUACCAUCAUGUACAUCCCCCUUUUUUAUUUGUAUGUGCGCCACCCUUUGCACUAGACCACCCCUAUUAUUAGUGGGAUUGGUCUAUAGUUCCACCGGAGAAAUUAAUUUUAUUUAUUAUAAUAUAGGAGUAUUUUGCUGUUUAAUAUUUAAACAAUGUUUAAUAUAUUUCAUUAUAAACUAGUAUUGUAGUUUAUGGUUUGUUUCCCUGUGUCCAUAUCCAUAACUAAUCUUUUUUAACAGCAGCAUGACCAAUAAUCAUACAGAAAUAACUAAUUCACAAAAAUGAACAUUUCAUGAUUUUUAAAGUAGCAGGAUGUAAAGUAUUGACUUAUCUGCCAUGCAGAAUUAGGCAAUUGGAGUUUGCUCAUAAAAGGAGGAGGCUUAAUUUUCCAAUUGGUCUACAUGGAAAAGGAAAAAUAAAUUUUUAUUUAAAUUUCAUUAUCUCAUAAACAUUAAAGGAAAUAUUUUUCCUAAAUAAAAAUUUUUGUGACUCCUAACAAAAUUAAGGUGAUGACAUUGUUCUUUCUUUGGAUGUGGGGGGUAUUAAGUUGCCAUAUUUCUUAAUAUAUAGCAAUUUUAUUUCAUUGGUGUUGGUAGAAAUACUGAUGUUAGGAUGUGACCAGAAAUAAAAGUACCACUCUGCCAUAUAA